UGUAAAGUCCUAAAUCCAGUAACAAUAUUUCACCUGUCUUAUGUAGGUAUACUGUUAAUUUAUUGAUUUUAUUGCUGGUUUGAUUUCAAUUAUCACUUUUAUUGUUUUCAAAGUUAUCACGAAAAGAGGUAUAAUGUAGACCUAUUGGAUUGAAUAAUUUAUCCAAAUGUUCUUGUUUUCAGUAAUUGAAUACAAUGUUGAUAUUGAAUGAUUACCAUAUUGUAGUAAUAGGAUUGGAAUCAACAUAGUGAAAUCUGUUAUCUAUUAAAGUUGUUAUUUUUAUUAUAUAUUUUGUUAAAAGAGAAUGCGAUGUAUUAUAUUUUAUGUCAUGAACAAAAAGCAAUCAAAAAUAUUUCUACAAAACUUGUCUUCCAUAGUAUUAAGAGAACUAUAAUUCAACAUAUCCAUUUUAUUGAGAGAUUAUAAAAACAAUUGUAUAUCAAAUGUGUUUUUGAUUUUUCUAAUGUUCCUUGAUUUGAAAGUUCAUGUUAUCAGAAGUAGAAUUAUAUUCUAUCAUUAUUAAUUGUUUUCAUUAUUUCUAUCGUACCUACUAUAGUAGAGGCUUACGUCUACAAGUAGAUAAAGUUAUCACAAGUAGAGGCCUAGCCUACUGUAUUGAAUAUGUUUAUUAUUAAUAUUCAAACAAAUUUGUUUUUCUACAAUUUCAUAAGAAAGAUAUUGUUAUCAGAGUCCACUGCAUGCUAUUCUUAUAUCAAUGUUUUUGGAUGGAUAUAGACUGCUGUCUCCAGAAUAUUCUAGUUUAUCAGGCGUUGGUCCCUACAGUAAUCAUUGAGCAGCUAGCAGCUUAUGCAAGAUGGGCGUCGACUACAUACGGUCUACCAGCAUGAAACUAUAUGUAUAUAUAUAUGAUCAUAUUAAGUAGUGUAUCUGUCUGUUGAAAUACGUGACUAUCAUCACUUGACAAGUGAGUCCCCUCCAUUCCCCUCCACUCACCGCUCCCAAUCAGGUAUUGCGAUGCGAUGCCCACUCCGACUGGUAAUUCUAGUCACUUCCCAAUUACAACACAACAUAACAGCACUGCGAGCACAGUCUCUCUGACUCAUUCGAGCAAGCGCUUUAGAGUAUUCAACAGUUGAAGCUAUAGUACAGUUUACUAGUUGAUAGUUUUGCAAGAAUCAAUCAGAAUGCGUCUAGGAGCUAUCAUACCAGACUUCUCAGCUAAAACAACCCAUGGGCCGAUACAGUUCUACGACUGGCUGGGAGAUUCGUGGUGCGUUCUUUUUUCGCAUCCCGCCGAUUUCACGCCAGUUUGUACCACUGAAUUGGGACGAAUUGCUGUACAUCAACAAGAAUUCAAAAAACGCAACGUGAAACUGCUCGCUCACUCAUGUGACAAGCUACAGUCGCACACUGAUUGGGUUAAUGACAUCAAAAGUUACUGCCCAGAUAUUCCAGGCGACUUCCCAUACCCGAUAAUCGGCGACGACACGCGUGAGCUUGCUAUCAGACUGGACAUGUUGGAUGAAGAGAACCAGAACAACCCAGACACAGCAAUGACAGUGCGCUCCCUCUACAUCAUCAGUCCAGACAAGAAGCUGCGACUUGCUAUGCUCUACCCAACUUCCACCGGAAGAAAUGUCGAUGAGAUUGUUCGUUGCAUUGACUCUCUCCAGCUCUGCGAUAGACUGAAAGUGGUUGCGACGCCAGCUAACUGGACGCCGGGAACCAAGGUGAUGAUUCUGCCAAGCGUAACGGACGAGGACGCAAAUAAACUAUUUCCCAAGGGUGUUGACAAAGUCACCAUGCCAUCAGGACAUAACUAUGUUAGAACCACUACGGACUAUUGAGAAUUUGUCUUCAAGGUAUUUAUUUGGAUUGAGACAUGUAUAAUCUUAUGUAAUCCUCAACCAAGCACAAAUAAGGGAGAAAAUAAUAUUGUAUUCAUCUCAUUUGAAAGAAAUUAUUUUAGAGUUCACUUUAUAUUAUAACCAUGACUCAUGUAACAAAUGAAUUUGUUUAUUACGGUAGACAAUUAAAUUUUAGUAUUUUGUUUGUUUUAUCAAUAUAACGCUACACAAAACUUAAAA